CAUGUAAUCAGCAAUAUAAACAUUUUAAACCACAUUUGAGGAUCUUAGCAACCGCUGCCUGUCAUGGCAACUUAAAUUGUUUACUUAGCCACCUGUCCCCAACUUAAACAAAAAACCAAACUUGAAAAAAACGUGUUUUGAAAAGUGCUAAGAAAAUCAAUUAUUAACAGGCGAAAAUGGUGAACUUUGUGUAUCCGGAGGAGAUGUAUCUGUUUGUGGAGAGCAUUCGUCCGUUUGAGGUGCGUGAUGUGGGCAGCAGCAAGUGGCUGGAGGUGCACGAGAUGAUCAUCAAGUUGAGCCAGCAGGCGACCCUGGAGCUGGCCGAGCAUCGCGAGGAGGAGGUCAAGGAGUUCCUCAUCUCACGCGACAAGCUCCGCCUGCUGAUCCACGAGGCGUAUUGCGUGACCUUGUGGAAGACCCAGGUGCUGCCGCAUCUCCUGGAGAUCGAUCCCAAUCCACAGGCCACUUUCCUCAUCUACACGGUGCUCUACCACGAGGCUGCUUUGGUGUCCCUCCUCGAUGUUUGCCUCUACCAUCCCAGUGGCUGUGAGACGCUGCAGGAAUCGGUGCUGGAUUUGAUUGACUAUUGUGCCCAGGCGGUGUCCCAGGUAAUUGGCCUGGUCAGCAUGGGCUAUCACGAGAACGAAUCCAAAGUGGACGUGGAUGAGGCGGUGCUCACCGAGCUGGAGCGCCAGAAACGCGACUUUAUCUAUAAGAUUGGUCUGCGAUGCAUCUCUGUGUUGAAUUAUCUGGCGGAUAAUGUGGCAUUGUUCCACUUGAGCGCAGGCCGUCGCCUGCUGGUCACCCAUGACAUUCCCUGGCUCAUGGUGGAUGUCUUGUGUUUCCGACCCUGGCAAAGGAAGACCAGCAAGGGGCUGCAGAAGUUCAUCGACGAGAAGUGGACCAAUGUGGAUGAUGUCGCCAAGAUUGUAAAGCCGGAGGCCCAAGCCUGGUUUUGUGUGCGACAGCUUCUCCUAAAUGCCCAGGUCAUGGAGCACUAUACGUUUAACGAGGCACGCUGUAAGCAGUUGAGUAAGCUUUUAGGACUGAUGCACGAGACCCUGAUGGACCAACUGCCACCGCUGAUUGAACUAAAGAUGUUCCUCAGUCGGAUGACGCUAACUGGCAAUACGGCCAAGUCGCAGAAAGUGUUGUUGGAGGACAUUCCGCAGAUCCAGGAGGAGCUGCUGAAGGAGGUGGAGCGAUGCGGAGGCUUUUACCAAAUAGCCCAGGAACAGGACUCUGUGUUUCUCAACAAAAACAAGGAGGAUAUCUGCGCUAUGGCCAGUCGCCUGAGCAAAGCCUAUGGCACGGAGUUACUUUGUGAGCUGGAGCAGAACUCGGAGGAUCUUAAAGCGGAGGAGCCCAAGGAGGAGUCGGGAGCUGGUGGCGAUGGAGGAGGGGAGCACAGCUGUGCCUCCUGCCAGAAAAAGGCCAAGAAGAAGUGCGCCAACUGCAAGCAGGUGCACUACUGCUCCCGAGACUGUCAGCUCAAGGAUUGGCCACAGCACAAGCUUGUCUGCCCUAAGUAGUAUUUAUAACCCCGAAACAAUUAUAACAAUAGCUUGUUUAGAAUAGAACAUUCCAAAAAUGUAAAAAGGUCAACUUUCUUUUAUUU